ACAUUACACCCUGCAGUCCCUGCCCAACCCUUUAACCCUAACAAACCUCCGUCACUCUCCCUCUCUCUUCUCCCAUCCUCAACUUCAAAAUCCAAGGUGGUUUCUCGAUCGCCUCCUCUUUCUCCCUUAGACUCAAAGCGAAGCUUUUCGAUCUCUUCCUCUCCGUUUUCCCUUCGAUUUGAGUUUUGAGUCGAGGGUUUUGGGCUCAACUCUCGUCACCUUGGGCCAUUGCCAAGCCCUAGCUCCGCCGCCACCGUCCUCAAGGCCGUCCCACCCGUCACCGCCCUCGACGCCGACGCUCACCAAUCGGUCGCUCAGGUUCAUUUUCAGUUGGUUUAGGAGGCUGUUAUACUUGUGAACUAGCUUAGGUGGAAGUGAUGGUGAGAUGGCAAGGUUAUCUGCAGUUUGCUCUGCGCCAGAUUGGAAACACCAUGGGGCAAAACCGUGAAAUACACGGCUUUGCAUAUAGUACCAGUACAAAAUGUUAUCCAUUACCAGGACGAUUUGGACGAUUUGCACAUGUAUGGGGAGCAUCUGAUAUUGCUUCAAGAAGAAAUCAAGGGCCAUUGGAUCAAUAUCUACAACAUGCUGAAAUUUCCACUACAAGGAGUUUGCUCGCUGGGGAAGAGACAAAUAUGGUUCCAAUCUCUUCUCCUUUGACUCCCUUGAUGGGAGAAGCUAUGAAAGCUGAGAAAAAGGGUGUAGUUUCUAAACCUCUGACGGUUCAAGCUAUUAAGAAGGAUAUCAGACAGAGCCCUAAGAAGAUCAAUCUGGUGGCCAAACUAGUUCGCGGGAUGCGUGUUGAAGAUGCCCUGUUGCAGCUGCAAGUAACAGUGAAAAGAGCCGCAAAGACUGUCUAUCAGGUGAUCCAUUCAGCCCGUGCCAACGCAGCCCACAAUCACGGUUUGGACCCCGAUAAGCUCCUAGUCGAUGAAGCCUUUGUCGGCAAAGGAAUUUAUCUAAAGCGGCUAUCGUACCAUGCAAAAGGGCGGAGUGGAAUCAUGGUAAGACCCAAAAGCCGGCUCACUGUGGUGGUGAGGGAGACGACACCUGAAGAGGAGGCCAAAAUCGCGAAACUUAGGGUUAGUAACUAUAAGAAGUUGACCAGGAAGGAGAGGCAACUCAUGCCGCAUCAGCUUAUUGAGACCACACCUCGGUGGAGUCGCAAAAGGAAGGAGGCUGCCUCGGCUUAUGAAUGACGUAACCGGUAGGAUUCUUUUUAGUUUGCUCACAAACGAAUUGUCGGGAACACUUAUGUUUUGUGUGCAAAUUAUUUGUUGGGAGAAUCAAAUUCUUAUGAGCAUCUUGGAAAUGCUUUGUGAUCCUGUGGUGCAUGUUGUAGGAAGCUUCGCAGUAAUAUCAUCUAUCUGUGGAUUGAAACAAAAAGCAUGUUUCCAAACUGUACAUUGCUUGGUCAAUUAAUAAUGUUAUACUAGACAACUACUUUACCCUGCUUUA